CUGCGGCUACGUUCGCUAAAAACUAGAAUCCGCUCAGCCGGCAUCGGGUGCACGUCGAUUCGGUUCGAACUUUCAGUACAACCGAAAAGUUCAGCGUAGUAGGAUCUGCAGAGGCGAAACUGUAAGCCCGACGACGAGUGCGGAGCAGUUUCUUUUUUUUUUUCGCCAGGCAAGACACGGAGGGGAAAUGAUGUGUGUAACGUUUUAGGUUAAAUGUGACGACAGUGGAUUGCGGGCAGAGCAGUGAUCGUAAACGUGAGCGACAUAGUGUUCGCGUUGGUGUACUAGUUUCGUUGAAUAUCCCGCGUAUUUAUCAUCCUUUCAACACGGAGGUCCGCUAGAAUUAGCGGGAGGAUGCCGGAAGGUCCGGUUAGAAUGGAGGACUAUAACACGAUUCACGAUGCACUACGAAACUAUCACGGUGAUCUGGUGCAAACGUGCAGCCCCGCCAUCAUGUGCACCACGCUACCACCGCACUGGAGGUCGAAUAAGUCCCUGCCGGUACCGUUCAAGGUCGUAGCGCUCGACGAGAUCAAAGACGGCACCAUAGUCACCAUCAGGGCCGGUAAUGAGGACAAUUACUGUGCCGAACUGAGAAAUUGCACGGCUGUCAUGAAAAGCCAGGUCGCCAAGUUCAACGAUCUUAGAUUCGUUGGUCGUAGCGGAAGAGGGAAAUCAUUUUCGCUGACUAUUCAGAUCGGUUCGACGCCGUUCCAAGUAGCCACGUAUACCAAAGCCAUCAAAGUCACAGUAGAUGGCCCAAGAGAACCACGAUCCAAGUCAAAUUAUCAAUAUGGCCCGGGAUUCCCUGGACUGGGCUUACUCAACCCCUGGUUGGAAGCCACGUAUCUCGGACACCCCUGGUCACACUUAACGCAACCUGUCCUAAUUAAAGGGUCCCUGCCGAUACCACCGCACCCGGACUUGUUCGCGGGAUUCACGCCGCCAGUUGUUCCGUCGUAUCCGUUUAUACCGUCGUAUCCAUCAACAACCACCUACGAAGCGACGACAUGUACGACGACGACGACGACGACGACGACGACGACCACGACCACGACCACAAACAGUCCGUCCAGAAGCGCAUCGUCGCUGAGCCCUGGCAGUGGGUCCAGCAGCGGGUUCAGCAAUGGGUCCGAAGGAGCAAAAGGUACGUGCGGUGAAGAGGCCCGAAGUGCCUUCAUACGCAUCAAACUUAACGCUGCUGUGCCGCCGGGAUCAUCCGCGACGCCUGAACGAAAUUCAUCGUCGCCCGACAAAGAUAGCAGUGACACUAAACAAACGAAGGUGCCGAAGCCGGUGUGGAGGCCGUACUAAUCCAAGUAGACGAGUGUGGCACGGCAACGAUACUCGAUUCGAAGCACGAAGGAACAAAACGGUGAGCAAAAGUCCCAAUCGUACUUAUCGGUCGGCAAUUGUCGCAUAUUGCAUUACAAACCAGUGCAGUACCAGACGCGCAUAUACAUACAGUAAACACAACGUGUAAUGAAUAUUGAUGUAAAUGCUAGCGCGAGAUAACGCGAAAGAUCGAAAUUCAAAUGUGUGGUCCAAACGAUAAAACAAACGCAACCAUAAAAACAACGGGAAAAAAAGAACUUCCGCCGAGAGCGGAAUACGCGCGGCUAGCGAAACGGUAACCACGGAAUGAGAGACUCCCCAAGCUCCUCUAGUGAAUGAACUCUGUUCUGAUUCUCUGAUAACAAUCGAAAAAUCUCUCCAAUCUUUUAAAAAGCGUCUUAAGGAGAAUCAACACUUGCGAUACGAUUUUAAUGUGUCGGCACACUUUGAGGCGCAGGUGUACCAACGGAUGAGAGAAAGCUCGUACACAAUCAAAUUGUGUCGAGUUUUCUUCAGUUCAGCUCAACACAUUUCUCGGCAUCGCAGCGACUGUUUAUCAUAGGGUGAAUUGUUGUAGGACGAAUUUAUAUAUGUACAUAUUGCUGAAGAGGAUCGCUUGGAGACAGACCGCUCCUCUAAUGUUUGGCCUUGCUACAAUAAACGAUAGUUGCACGGACAAUUACGAUGGGACUCUGGGUUAGCCAUUUUAUUUUCCUUCAUGUUCUGAAUUGUCAUCAAGAGCCCCGUACUAUACCAUUUAUGCGUAUAGUUGCGCUGGAAGGCUAGUGAUAAUGUCUACGACAGACAUCCUGAGCGCGACCCGUCCUCGGGAUUCAAAAAGAAAAAUUCCCCAGUAUAAAUGACAAUUUCUUGUUCUCUUCAUCGUUCGCUCGAGUGUGUAUUCUGCUCUUCGGUUUUACGAAGAUACGAAUGGUGUGCACACCUGAAGGAAUGUGACGCGAGAAUAAUGGUAAACACACACAGUGGUACGACCGAAAAAAUCGGUCGAAGCCUAAAUGUCGUUCACAGUAAGUUUUUUUCUAAAUGUAAAUAUAUUGUAUAUACUCGGCUUGUACAUAUCGUGUAGAUAGUUCAUGGACAAUAAUAUACAGGGUGACCCGAUAAAAGAUGCAGGAUUUAAAUCUGGCACUGUUCUCGUUGUGUGAACCGCAGCGCCGCGAUUCUUCGUCCGUUGUGUUCUGAAGAUUAGGGAAUAUCGAAAUGUGGAGCUGCUGCCGCGUGCAGCAGCACAUGCAGUGUUUUUUAGGAAAAUCAACGUUCGAUAACGCAAACAAAACGCAAAUUUCGCGACUUUUUUUUUUUUUUUUUGAAAGAAAAUAUUUCGUAAUCUGACGAUUCGCAAGUUAAGAAAUUUGAAAACGAAGGUUUAGUUUGUGCGCUUAUAUAGUAACGCCGUGAUGCUCGUUCAAUAGAAAACAAUGCGGCCGCUGAUAAGAGUGUAGAGAAUGCUCCGUAAAUGUCAAUUCGAUGUCGUUCGCAACGAGCUAGCCUUUCGUACGGCAUUACGCAACGAAUUUUAACAAAAGACUUGCAAUUACACGCAUGCAAAGUUUCACCGUGCGCAGUUAUCGCAUGAGAGAUCUUCUGGUCGCAUUAUCUCGCGAAAUGGUGACUAUGGUCAACUAGUCCCCAAGACGUUGCAACUUGACGCCUCUAGACUAUUCUGUUUGGGAUUAUUUAAAGGAGUUUAUACCUGAAACUACGGAGCGCUUAAAGGAAAAUAUUCGACGAGAAAUUGACGAAAUUCAACCAUUUUAUGUUGCAAAAAAUUAUUGAAAACUUCACUAGACGAGAGUAGUAACUCGUAAAAAAAAGAUAGAGGCGGUCAUUUACAUGAUGUUGUUUCUCAUACGUAAUUCCCAUUCCUAACGAACACAUUGGCGUAAUAAAAAUGAUAAUUUCCAGGUAAACUGUCGUUGUUUCAUUUACAAAACAAAUCCUGCACCUCUAAUUGAAUCACCCUGUAGUAUACAGUACCGCGUUACACAAACUGUAUGUACACUACCGUCUCGGAAUGUUCAAAAAUAUACCAUUUAAGAUAAAUAAAUAUUUUUUCAAACCAUUUUCUUUCCUAAACAAUUUUUCACCGUACGACUCGAAUCGAUGCGUACAAUUAGUUGUCGCAAUAAAUUUGGAAGGUAGUACAUGAAUUGAUAUUGAGAAUUGUUUUUGUAUCAAGACAAUUUAUUCCAAGGUUUGCACCUGAAUCGAUCGCAAUAAUCGUUACGUUGAUAUCUCUAAGGAGCUAUUGUGAAAAUGUUGGAAAAUUUCAGUCGUAAAUUCCAAUACAACUGACAUUAGCUUAGAGUCGCGAUCAAAAAGAUUUCCAUAAGGUAUUAUGAAUAGGAGGUAUCCUAUUACUUCGAGAAACUGAAACUAUGGAGCUUAGAAACGAUUUUACGCAUAGAUCUCGGUAGGACUCAAACAUAGCAGAAGAGGUCCAAACAUGGUCAUAAAGAAAGGUCAUGAGAAAGGUUGUGUGUGAAUCCACGUGAAAAGAAGAAACCCAUUGAGGAAAAAGUCAACGUCAAAACGCCGUCUUUUAGACAUUCUUUGUAGCAACAAAAUUUUAGACAUUCUUUGUAGCAGCAAAAAUCACCGGAAAGAAAAGGGUCAUAUAAAUGUGGAACUAUUCAUUUUGAAACUCAUUCAAAAGUCCUCGAUGUUGCCAUAUUCGCAUGAAGCUGUUUGCCGCUACCUAACGAAGACGUCUUGUUUCACUAUCUUUACUAUGUCUCUCACUACCUGAGAUGGAAAACUUAAAGCUAAUCUCAAGCUGGCAAUUUCACAUAUUUAUUCCGUGUCCCACACGGUAGUGUACAUAUGUAUACUGAGUGUGCAUUUGCAAAAGGGUGGAUAUAAAUAAAUUCAAAUAUCGUUGUAAAUGGUACAGACUCUUAGAUGUACAAUCAAUGAAAAGGAAAACCCACCUACGAGAGAGCAUAAACCGCAAAUACUAAUAACGCAUAUGUAUAUGUUGAUGACGGAACUUGUAAAGAUAAAUGUUUCAAAGCGUGUAUGCACCAAACGUUUCGGUUCGCACUUGGAAACCCUAUGGAUAAUUUUCUACCUCUCUACCCUCUCUAAGCCCUCCUUCCUUUUCGUCGAUUGUCAAAAAAGGAUAACUAUAAAACUGGCAGAAGUGCUAAAAGUGUAAUUUAAUGUAAAUUGGUUGUAUGUGCAUCUAAAAGAAUGCAAGAAGAAGAAUAAAAUGGAA